UAGUUUUAGUUUGGCUUCAGUUAUAUCCUCUUGCUCAGUUUGGUUGCACUUCCAUCCCUUAUAUUCUCUGUGCCAACUCAUUUGUGGACUUACUUAUCGUUUGCAAUUCUGCUAGUCUCGGGAAGCAGGCUAACUUGAAGUCGGCCGAGGAUUUUUGUACAUAGAGAACAGGUAUUCCAUGAGAAAUUAAAAACCGACAGUCAUGAAGUUAGCGUGGGUGUUUUGUCUGCUCCUGGCAGGAAAGCUGUCUAAUGCCACUCCAGCCGAUGAGGGCACACCUGGCGAGUCCAACAUGGGCUCCUCCGGUUACAUGAUGGCCUUCCCAAUGGACGACGAUCAAGUAGCUGAGGAGACUGCCCAGGAAGCUGUUAAGAUGCUGGCUGAAUCUCUGGUCUCUGAUGAUGACGAUGAUGAAUCCACUGAUGACAGUGAUGAUAAAAAGCCAGAGGAAACUGUUGCAGAAGAAAAGAAGGAAGAUCAAACAGAGCAACCUGAACCAGUUGGUAUCCUUCAAGCCGAGCUUGAAGCUGAAGAAGCCGAGAAGCCAGCUUUACCCCAAAGACCAUUCUUCAAGAGACCAAAGAUUGAAGAACUCAGAAAGAUCCUUGGCUUUCCACCAAAUGAGGGAGCUGCUGCCAAAUCCAAACCUUUUCCCACAGAGAAACCUAAAGUAUUCCAAGGACUUUUCAGCAAGCCAAAGCCAAAAUUAGAAGUAUCAUCACAACCCUCCCCUCUUGGUGGUCUCCAAUUCAAUUUAAGACGGGAAGACAGGAUGAGACCUUUCGGUUUUCCCAUGUUGCCCUUGAAGAGGGAUGAUGGUUUCAGACCAUUUGGAAUCCCAGAUCUCGUCCAGGCUGCCUCCAGUCUACUCCGUAGGGCCAUAGUCGAUGAUAACAUGGAAAAUGACAUCAGCAAAGAUGACAAGGAGGAAGAAGAAAAUGUUAAUGAGAACACCCAAGAAGAUAACGACGACGAUGAAGAAGAGGAUGAAUCUCUAAUGAUUGUACCCAUCCCUGAUUCUAAAGAAAACAACAUGGAGAGACCUCCACUUUUCAGAAGAUUCCCCAUUCCUCUACCUUUCCAACUUCCCAACAAGCCUGCUCAGCAGCAAAGCAGACCACGACUUCCUUUCCCACCACUUACCCCUGUAGCUUUCUUCCUUCCUAUUGCUCAACAAAUCAUGCAAAAUAUCCGCCAUUCUCAACCCCGAUCCCAACCUCCCAUGAUUCCCAUCCAUCCACCACAACAGAAUUUUGUUCCAAUGCAGACACAAAUCCCAAUUAUGCCUGCCCACCACAUGCCCCAGCAGCAACAGAUCAUUCCCAUACCUACACAGCAACAUCAGUUUAUUCCCAUGCCCUCACAGCAGCAACAUCAAUUCAUCCCUAUGCCCCAACCAAUGUUCCAUCAGCAACAAUUCAUUCCCAUCAUUCCCCUCCCACAGGCAUCCUACCAAGCACCCCUACUAACACCUUUGCUACCUAACAUGCAACAGCGACCCAUCAUGCGCCAAAUGCCCCGCAGGAUGCCAAUGCAUGCUCCACAACCCCAAAUACUGCAACAGCGACAACAACCUCGUAGAUUACCUAUUCCUCAACCCAUCAACCGCGUUGCAGCACCACAUCCCAUGCAUCAGCAAAUCAUCUCUCGUCCUCUCCAUGCUGCUAACACCCGUCCCAUGCAGAGAAUGGUACGACCUCCCAUGCCACCGGUUAAUCCUAUUUUCUUCAUGAUGCCAGUUCCUAACAUGCCAAUGCCAAUGGCUCAACAACAUGUACCAGUAUACCACAAGCCUCAGCACAUUCCAAUGAUGCCUCAGAAUCAUCGUCAGAUGAUGUCAGCUCCAGAAGAAGAAAGAGUCAUUUUUGUACGACCUGAUCAGGAGGAACAAGAUGAUGAUCAGGAGGUAUUGAUCCUGGUUCCCAGUGAUGAGGUUGAAAUGAUGCAAAGACCCCCACAACAGUUUAUGCCACAACAGUUUAUGCGACAAGUACCUACACCUGUAAUCAGCCCUCUCCAGAAAAUCAGGCUUCUUCGUGACUUGCUGCUGGCUAGGCAGGCCAACCGACAAGCAGGUAUGGUACCUCAAAACCGAGCCCCCAGGGUAGUUGAAAUCGUUCAACAACAGCUGAGGAUCUUUCCAGCCCACCAUCAUCAACAACAACAACCUCAGAUGUUUCAUCCUCAAUUCCAGAGAGCAGAUCCAAGCGAACUACAUCCUGUAUAUGUACCUUAUCCAGGCCCACAGUAAAAACAGUUAGACAGCAGCUGAGGACACAUCACCACCAUCGAUAAAAGCAGCUGGUUUAUCCUCAGCUGCAGAGAAGGGUAUCCAGCGUCUGGUGUGCACAUUCCUUAUUUGGGAUUACUGUAGAAAGCAACAGAGAGAAAAUUGGAAAUCUUCUCUUUGUACUUAGAGGAUUAUUCAUAGAAAAAUGAAUCGCAUAAAAAUAAACAAAUUAUACUCUUACCAUCAUCAUCUGAGAAUUGAUUUGUCUCGUCAGAUUAAUUUGGCAGCAGGGAUGCCAGAUUAAUAUACGAUUGUAAUCUCCUUUUUCACAUUGAGAAAAGGUUGAAAAAAUAUUUUUUUUUAUUCUUUAGGUUUUUUCAGUUAUAUUUCACAUUCUAUAAUACUGAAUACAAAGGAAAAAGAAAUGUUUCAAAACUGGAAAUCAGAUUAGCCAAACAUGUUUUUAAGUUGCAAGUUUAAAUAUCAUUUUUGCAAAGAGGGAUAUAUAUAUGCGUGAAAUUUAUGCACAAGUUUUAUUGUUGUGCUCAUGAUGUAAAUAUUAUGUAAAUCUGGCAUCCCUGUUCACAAAAAAUUAGUCAUGUAUAGAUAACUUUUUCAUCAUUUCCAAUAAUAAGUGCAAUGCAUUGUUUUCUGUUUAAAUAUUAUAAAAAUUUAUACUUGCACGUUUGAGUAAAAGAUCAAAAUAAGUUGUGGCUUCAUCUUAUUAUUUUCUCAUCAAUUAAAUAAUGAAUCUCAAAUCAAUUAAUCAAAAGUUGAUAUUUUAUAAUUUUUUAAUUAAAAAAUAUUUUUUAUUAUAUAACUUUUCAUUUAAAUUUUGAAGAAAAGAAAAUGAGAAAAUUGCAAUUUGUUCAAAUUUAAAACUAAAAAGUAAAGUUUAUAAACUGUAAUAUAUAUAUAUAUAUAUACUUGCGAGAUGGUUUCUUGUUGUAUUCAAAAAUGUUUAAGAUUUUAAAAUGGUCAUUCAUCUGUUUUGUAAUUGUCGAUUACGAAAUUUGGAAUAAUCAUUAGUCGCUGAAACUUGAUGUAAAACAGAGCCAAUCUUUCAUGCAAUCAACGCACAUUUUAGAGGUCCUCCUUGUGACUUGAGCAAGAAUUUGUUCGUCGCCAAAUUUGGCGGAGUCUCAUAGAAAAUAUCUUUCAAUACUUAUUCAAUCAAGACUGGUCCUUAUGAUUGUUAAGGAAUCAGAAAAUGUAUUAUGUAAAAUAAAAUUCCAUUUUUUUUAUUUCCCAAAAA